AUGGACAUACCAGCUUUAUUGACUUCGGCUGGUAUGAACAUAGGCAUUUCCGUGGGUAUGUUCUCAUUAUAUUCAAUAUUGAGAAAACAACCACUCAAUGUAAAAGUUUACUUUGGCCAAAGGGUUUCUCAGGGUAGAACACGAAAUGAAACUUUAUGUUUCGAGAGAUUUGUUCCUUCUGCAAGUUGGAUUUUAAAAGCUUGGGAAGCAACGGAAGAAGACAUAUUUGCUUCCGGGGGUAUAGAUGCAGUCGUGUUUCUCAGGAUUGUUAUUUUUAGUAUCCGUAUUUUCUCGAUUGCUGCUAUACUUUGCACCUUUCUUGUUCUUCCAUUAAAUUAUUUUGGGCAAGGGAUGGAAAGGGUGAUUGAUUCUAAUGCGAUGGACUUACUGACCAUUGGGAAUGUAAGGGAAGGUUCAAGCUGGCUCUGGGCUCACUGCUUCACUCUGUAUAUUAUAUCUGGUUGUGCUUGCACUCUUCUAUACUAUGAGUAUAAAAACGUGGCAAGAAUGAGACUGGAGCAAGUAAAUAGGUUUCCAGCAAGGCCAAGUAACUUCACAGUUCUUGUGCGUGGCGUCCCGUGGUGUGCAGUGGAAUCAUACAAUGAGUCUGUUGGGAAAUUCUUUGGCAAUUAUUAUGCAUCAAGUUACAUAGCCCACCAAAUAGUUUAUCGAUCUGGUGCAGUUCAGACAAUACUGGAGGAUGCAGAGAUGAUGUAUAAUUUGGUAACAGCUGCUCCAGCUAAGCCAUGCUGCGAACCAAAUGCUGACAGGUGUGGGAUUUGUGGUGAAAGAUCGAACUCAUUCAAAGCGACUUCCAGUGAAUCAGAAACUGAGACAAAAAAUCAUAGAAUUGAAAAUGAACUGAGAGAAAAGGAGUGUGAAGCUGCAUUGGUGUUUUUCAGGAAUCGAUAUGAUGCAUUGGUGGUGUCACAUACUAUCCAAUCGGCAGACCCGAUGUUAUGGGUCACUGAAUUGGCUCCAGAACCGAAAGACGUCUUCUGGCAAAACCUUUGUGUUCCUUUUAAUUUGCUAUGGAUCCGUAAAAUAUCUGUUUUUAUCGCAUCCAUCAUCUUCAGUGUGUUGUUUCUAUUGCCUACAACAUUUGUUCAAGGUCUCAUGAAACUUGAGUAUCUGCAGUCUGUAUUUCCAUGGCUAAGAGGGCUAUCAAGAAGGAGUUAUUAUGUUAACCUUAUUACCGGGUAUCUACCAAGUUUGGUGUUGACGGUGUUUCUUAUCAUUGUUCCACCCACGAUGAUGCUAUUUUCGACACUAGAGGGAGCCGUCUCUCGGAGUACAAGGAAAAGGAGUGCAUGUGUGAAGGUCCUAAUCUUCAUGUUUUGGAAUGUUUACUUCUCUAACAUUCUUUCGGGUUCUUGGAUUGAGCGAAUGGGUAAGCUUACAGUUACAAGUCCUAGAGACCUGUGUACCCUACUUGCCGAAUUGAUACCCAGACAGGCAUCCUUCUUUAUGACAUAUGUAAUGACAUCCGGUUGGUCAGGUUUGGGAUGUGAAUUGUUGCAGCCAGUUGGGCUACUCGGCAAUUGGCUUUUUAAAUGCGUUCUCCGGAAGGAAGAGGAGUUUUGUCGUCCUGUUACUUUUUCAUACCAUACCGAGGUUUCAAGGGUGCUUCUAUUUGGACUCCUCGGGUUCACCUUCUGCAUUUUGGCACCCUUGAUAUUGCCUUUCUUGCUUGUCUACUUUUUCUUUGCUUUUCUUGUAUACAGAAAUCAGAUCAUGAAUGUAUAUUUUGUGAAAUACCAAACAGAUGGAAGUUAUUGGCCUCUUGCACAUAAUGCCACAAUCUUUUCUUUGAUACUAACACAAGUAGUAGCUGCAGUACUCUUUGGAAUGAAGAAGUCCAGCAGUGCUUCAACCUCCACCAUCCCUUUGAUCAUUCUCACCGCCCUUUUCAACGUAUUCUGCAAGAACAGAUUUCUACCCGUUUUUAAGAACCGAGCAGCACAAGUUCUUAUUGAGAUGGAUCGUGAUGAUGAACGAUCUGGGAAACUAGAAGCGAUUCUCGAGAAACUGACUACGUCCUAUAAUCAGUUUGAAUUAUGUGGUGUUGAGCCGCCAGGAAAAGAAGAGCAGCCGAAAAAGGGUAGCAAUGAAAGUCUUAAAGACUUGGCGAUCGUGAAAACAGGUAGUCCAUCAGCAGCGGUGGUGGUGAAAGCCGGUAGUCCGUCAGCGGAGGUGGUGGUGAAUGGCGGUAGUCCGACUGCAGAGGUGGUGGUGAAAUCCGACAGUCCGUCAGCAGAGCUACCACCUCCACCACCACCUCCACCUCCACCUGAACUGGAGCCUGAACCAAAUAUAGUAUCCAUCAAGUAA